UUUUUAUCAACAUUCUUGAAAAAUCCAUGAAACAAUUAACAAUGAAAGUAAUUUUAAGUUUUAAAUUUUUAAUCCUGUACUGGAUAAUAUCAAAAGUACAUUGCAGUGGUCCAGCAAUGACACAGACAUCGAUGGACGUUGGAAAUAUAAUUUCCGUUGUUAUUCCAGAAAGUCCAGAUACAAAUAUAAAUGUUAAUCAAUUGACUGCUGAUUUUAGACGUCAACUUGAAAAAAUAAAAAAACAAAGUCAUGUUAAUAAAUUUGAGCAUGGUUUAAUAACAUUAAAAAGUGCAUUACCAGAAAUGUCAAAAGAAGAAAAAAAAAAAGCAAUUCCAUUAAUUCGAAGAAUGAUGCAAGAUAAAAAAAAUUCAAAGUCAACUAAGGUAAACAAUCAACGUAAAGGAAUUUCUAUAAAUCAUCGUAAAAAUGUUGUUGUUAAUUCACGAAAUGUCAUAUAUUCUUCAUCAAAAAAUACUGGUUAUCGUAAAUCAUCAAGUGAGCUGAAGAAUAAUUCAGGAACACGUCAACAAUUGUCAGAAAAAUAUCGUAAAAAAUUUAAAAAACCAACAAUUCAUGAAGACAACAAUCAACAGUCUCAAAAAAUUCAAAAUUCCGAUUGGUCUGAUGUUAUUUUUACGGAGAAAUAUCCAUCAAUAGAUCCAAUUGACAAACCAAUUUAUGAAGAAAAAAAUCAGCAAUACACAAAUUGGUUUGUCAACAAUACAACUGAGCCAAUGAUUAAUUUACCACCAGUAACUUCAGUAUGCAAAGAAGCCAAUCAAGAUGAUUCAAAAAUUCGUAAUCCAAAAGAAAUAAAUAAAUUUGAGCUUGAAAAAAAUGAAAAAAUUGAUAAAAUUGAUAAAAUUGAAAGUACCACAUCUAGAGAUGAAUACGAUUCGUAUCCUUCAGUAAUACCAAUAAAUAUUGAAGUUGAUGAUUUAAAAGGACUCGAAAGAAUUUUACAAAAUCCUGAUGAAGCAUUUAAUUUUGUAAAUGAUACAAUAUUAAAUAAUCAUCAAGCUAAAAAUCAAGAUGACAAUAAUCCAUAUACAAUUCAAAAAAAUAAUCAAAAUAUUUAUGCAGAAAUGGGAACACCAAUUGGAAUGAAAAAUUAUCAAAAUUACUAUGACAUUAAUCAUGACACAAUACGCAAUGAUGACUUGAUAAUAAUUCGAAGUGAUUUUCCAAAUUUUGCACAAAUUGGACAACAAGAUUACAAUGAUAAUGAUAAAUAUAAUGACAGAAUUAAAAGAUCAAUUGAUUAUAAAAAAAAAUCAAAAUAUCAAAAUAAAAAAUUUAAAAAAAAUCAUAAAAAAUCAAUUAAAUUAAAAAAAACAUGGAAAACAUAUAAACAAUGAAAAAAAAAAAAAUAAUUAAAUAUAUUUUUUUUUUUUUGAAUUUUAUUAAUAUAUAUGAAUUAAUUAAUAAACAUUAAUUAAAUAAAAUUAAUGAUACAUAUCAUUUAAAAGAAAUAUUAAUUUUUUAAAUUCAUUAUUUAAUAUAUUAUUAGUAUAUUGUUUUUUUUUUUUCUUAGCAAUAUUUCUACGAUUAACAUUGACAUUCCAAUUUGAUCCUUGUCCAUCACUGUAUGAAUAACUGAAUGGUUUUUUAUUUUUAUCUGCUUCAAGUAUUUCUGGUGGUAUAUAUGGUAAAAAAUCUAAAUAAUUUGUAUUAAAUAUUGGUCGUUUAUAUUUAUUUUUUUUAUUUUUUUUUCGUAAUAAUGAUUUAUUUAUUGUUAAUUUUUGUUUCAUUAAUAAUUUUUCUAUAUAAUCAUCAAGUCCUGGAAUAAUUGGAUUUAAUAAUUUUUUUGUUCUUGUUGAAAUAAGUCCAUUUCCAAAUUUUUUUGUACGAUAUUGUUGUUUUUUUUUCGUCUUUGUUUUGCCUUUUUAUUUAAACAAAAAACAAACAAAAAAAUUAAUAAAUGAUUUAACAUAAAAAUAAUUGAUAAUUAC